AUGCCUUCUUCCCAUAGUAGCUCAUGGUCAACGAUGUCCGGCAACGGGUACCGGGACAACGGCUGGGGCCGUAGCUACGGAGGCUACGACCCCCGGCUCUUCAACAACAACUAUCAGGGGCCCUAUCGUAUCAACCCGCAGCAGCAAUACUGGGGCAACUCCAGAAUCAUGAACUGGAUCCCGCGUCCGGCUACCGGCAGCUGGACUCCCUACUACGCUCCUGACUACCGUGGAUGGAGGUAG